AUGAGUCUAAAUUUGCCAGUACGGCGAGCCGUGCGAUCGGCUACUGCCCUGACAGGCUCCCAGCGAUCCCCCUUCCUCCUCCCUUAUCUCCAGCGCCGUACGCUCUUCAACUUCGGGAUCACAGGUUGGGGAAGCGGGAGAUCACAGCAACUCGACCAAGUGGUAAAGCCCAAGAAUCCACUCACCGAGGAGUAUCUCAGGAAAAAGGCAACACCGAAAGGAGGAUCGCUCGUACGAGGAGACCUCGCCUCGUCCUCCAUUUUCGAAGAUGAAGAAACAGCCGGGCCUAAGCCCAAGUCGAAAGGCGCAGGUGCACCUCUUCAGCGGAAUCCAGAAACCAUGGCUGCCGCGUUAGAUCCAAACCCAAAGGCCCGGAUGCGAUGGGAACGAAAAAUGGUCAUCCGAGAGAUUCGGAAACGGGGACGAUUGACACGGGCACAGCAGAUCAAACGACAAGAAAGGGAGUUGCUGUCCAAGAGCCACGAUUUUAAGACUUCGGUGAAGAAAUUGGUACCACUGGCGCACCAGAUUGUCGGCAAGACCCUUGAGGAAGCCAUUGUCCAAAUGCGAUUCUCGAAGAAGAAGGCUGCAAAGGACGUCAAGGAACACCUUGAGCAUGCUAAGAACGAAGCGAUCGUUAGGAGAGGCAUGGCGCUUGGUAAAGUCCAAGGGCAGGAAUUCACACCGAGGAAUAUCCAGACCAAGGAUAAGAAGACGGUGAAGGUGGAUGACCCAACGAGAUUGUAUAUUGACCAAGCUUGGGUUGGAAGGGGGUUAUAUGGCAAGUCCUUAGAUAUCAGGGCUAGAGGAAGGGUCUUUAUCUUAAAACAUCCCACAACGAGUAUAUCCGUGAUCUUAAAGGAAGAGAAGACUCGGAUCCGGCAACACGAGGAGCGGCAGACAAAGAUUAAGAAUCGGAAGGUUUGGAUGCAGCUGCCAAACAGGCCGGUGACGGCUCAGAGGCAAUUUUAUUCCUGGUAG